AUGGCGUCCUACCCACCAUACGAGAAGCCGGGCUCAACAAGCAGUCUCUCCUACGUUCAAAAUGCAGUGGAGGGAUCGCUGAAGGCUCUCAGUCCAGUGGUGUCGCCUUUCACAGGUGUGUACACCAGAUUCGUCGAUUGGCGCAAAAGCUUCGGCUUGCCGAACCCAGGCAGUUCGGAGAACCUGCAGAAGGAGAUCAAGUCGGCCCAACUAACACAAUGGAUGUUCGACGGAGCGAGAGCCGACCUUACGAAAGGGCUGUCUAUGAACCCGGCCUUCCAAGUCACCCACUCCUUCUCCCUGGGUUCGUCCGCGCCCGUACCAGCGUAUAAUUUUGGCGCACUGUUUGGUGACGCAAAUUCUUUCUUACAAGGAGGAGUGGACAAUGAUGGAAACGUGAAUGCAAAGUGCCAUCUUGGAUGGACGCCCACGAGCGUCACCAAGCUCACAGCCCAAAUGUCGGGUAGCGCCUCACAAGGCAGCAUGUUCCAAUUCGAACAUGAUUUUCAAGGCAGUGACUUCACCUUCAACCUGAAGGCCAUUAACCCGACCGAACCAGCAAAAAUCUUCAUUGGUAACUGGUUGCAAUCUGUCACCAGCAACCUUGCGCUGGGCGUCGAAGGUGUGUACCAAGUCCAGCCACCAAGCGUGCGUGAAACGCAAGUGUCCGGUCUGGUGAAGUACACUUCCUCUGCUCGAAACUGGAUCGCAACCGCCCACAUCCGCCCGGUUGGCGUUUUAGAGGCAAGUUAUUGGCACAAGCUGUCCGAAAAAAUGGAGGUUGGUGCGAACUUGGAGUUGGUACAUGUCCCCAUGAAACGGGAAGCCGUUGCUACUGUUGGGGCAAAGUACGACCUGAGGAUGUCCACCUUCCGCGCCCAAGUGGACUCAACUGGCAAGGUAUCUGCCCUCCUUGAGCAGAAGUUUGCCCCAUCGUUCGCCUUCUUGGUGUCUGGUGAGAUUGACCACGUCAAGAACUCCGCCAAGGUCGGUGUUGGUGUAAUGAUCGAGAGCUCGUCUCUCACACCGGAGGAGAUGGGUUUAGUGCAGCCUAUGCAGCCUGUCGGUCUAUGAGGGGACAUUUUGAGUAGAAAAGCACACGGAAUCUCAUUCGCGCAUACUGGCAUUGUAUCUGUCUCCACUCUUCUACUUGAAUUAGUUAAUGCAAGGCUGCAUUUCU